AUGGGCUCUUGUGAGCACACGGUUCCCGACUCUCUCUCAACCGAGGAACUUUCAGCACCAGUUUCCGAUUCCGUUGUCAAGUCAGACAUCAAACCCGACUCCCCAGCACCGUUGUCACUGCCCAGUUCCGAAUCAGCUGAAAGCAAAAAGUUUGAGGCUGUGGUCGUCACUUCCAGCGCCACAGGUUCCGAGGCCGUAUCUGCAUUUCCUGUGACCAAGAACGCUGAAACGAGCGUCUCAUCUUCCCGUCGACGUACGGGCGCAGUGCCCACAAGGACAGCCUCUAGAGGGCAGAAACUGGCUGAGGACAGUCAGUCUGAACUAGAAAAAGUGCCCACGCAGUCGGACACGGAGGUGCGUUAAGUUGCUGCCGCUGAUGGAUCUCAUGAUUUUACUCGAAGCCCUCUACUUCGAUUUCCGAUUUUAAACUUUUUGGUUGGUGCUUCUCAGAUAAAAGUCGAAGAGCCGGUCAAUCCGCGGAGCAGUCGGACCCUCCGAUCACACACAGCUGCGCAGCGCGAACGGGAGGAACGCGAUCGCCAAAGUGAGUCAUGGGCUUCUCAUGUCGUUUUUUAUCGCACAGUUCUUUCUCAGACCGCGUGCUGUGUAGGCGACAUGUCUUUUCCUUUACUCUUAUAGCAGACAACGCCCCAAUAAAGAAACGCAAAAUCCGCUCCAAGACUGGUGAGUCGGAUGCCGCAUCCUUCGCAACUAAUGGGUCGGACCUGCGGGACGACAACGGAUCGGACCUGCCGAUGACCGAUCAUGGCGCGGACUCCUGCUCCUCUCUCGACAACACUAACAAUCACGGCCCCAGCACCGGUAUUUCUGCGAAGGCGGAGCAGAACGAGGGCUACGAGAGUACAGCAAACUCUGCAGGCAGCUCUGGCGAGACCGGCUUCGACGCGACGUUGCGGUCAUUACCUUCCUCCUCAAGGGCUUUCGAUGAUCCUCUGAAACCCAGCCCUGUGGCUUGGGGUGAAAAUCCUUAUGAUAAAGCCGCCGGACUGAAUAAAGGGGUAUGCAAAGUAAUAAUGAAGGAUAUCACUAAUAUGGCCAUUGUGCGCCCUGCUUGCAGUUAUAUCAGAUCGCAUUGUAUUUGAUGGCGUCUGCAAUGUAUGCGAGCAAUGAUGAUGAUGAUGAUGAUGAUGAUGAUGAUGGUGGUGGUGGUGGUGGUGGUGGUGGUGGUGGUGGUGGUGAGGAGGAGGAGGAUGACGACGACGACGACGAUGAUUAUGGUGCAUAUACCUCUUGCAGACAAACUUUGAAUCUAAAUCCGCAUAUUUUUCGUAUUUGACUACUGUUCUACGGUGAAGAGCCUUUUAUACACAAAUAGAUGUUGCUCUCCUGUGUAGAGUGUCUCUGUACUGCCGACGGAGCAAGAUUGUUAUCAAAUUACUCCACGCCAUCGGACGCUAGAUAUUUGACCAUCACGUGGAGAUUUUUCAGACGUCACGUUAUGUUUUGGUCCCUGGUUUCUAUUGGCAUCCGUUUCAUCAUUUUCCCCAUUCGUUUUCUCCCUCUAGUUGAAUGAACUAAUUGGCAAGCUUGUGGAAUUGCAGCCCAAAGAGCCGACCGGCUACCAGGACUACCUACUUGUGACUCGCGACUAUCUUCUUACCGACCGAAUUCCUUCUCAUCUUGCCAAGGUAAUCAUAUAUAAAUGAGCCUCGAAUGUUGCUUUUGAACACUGAAGCGACCGAUUAAAAUUCAACAAGCCUUCACCCCAACGUGUGCUCUUUUGGAGAAAUUGAAUCUUUAAAAUUUGCUGCGACAUCAACUGUGGCCCUUUAUCCCAUGUGCCCGACCUCCAAAAACGGCUAUUCAUGAGGACUACGAAUAUUCGCACUCCAAUGGGCCACAGUACAGCCGACCGAAAUAUAGGUGGAGGAAGGAAGAACCCUUCGUUACGGGGUUUAUUUACAAACCAUGCGUUUGGCACUUCUAGUUAAAACCAAUCUAUCCUCAUUUGUCGCCUGCAUUCGCUUGAACCUGUUUGUCAUAAUCGUUAUGCCCAGUUUCCUACCAGCCCAGCUAUCAGUCUCAAUAACCUCAUUGACUUUUGUCACCGAACUUCACACAUAAAACCUACAUUUUCAUAAAACAGGCUCAAGUUCAACCCUGAGGCCGCAUUUUUAUUUUUUUAGCGACCAUGCCCAGUAAAUAUCGAAGGGCCUUUUGCUGAAUUAUUUGAAGAGCAGGAAGACGAACGAUACGCCCAGGCCCUCAAACACGAGUCAGAACGCGUGAGUUUUUUUGCAGUUGAAUCAUCUUUCGCUUAUGUUUUUUGGUAAAGCUUGGGAUUUGGCCACUGAGCUAGUAGUGUGAGCAUACUUCUGAGAUGUCAGUACUUUUUGUGGUCGUCAUCGUGCCUACCUCAUCUUUUUCAAAAAGAACACCCCUUUGUAGUCACCAAUUACAGAAGUCUAGUGCCAGCGUUCUUGAGACUUUCAAAGCUCGUGCUUCUUUCUGGGAAGACAGUUAGUUAAAUAACUCUUCAUUACAGCCUAUUGGACGUUUUUCCAGUCAAUGACGGGCAGACAUGUCCAUGUUAAUGUAAAUUAGUUGAUCCUAAGUGCCAUUCAAAAAAAUGCAGAAGUGUCCUUCCUGAUCCUAGCCGACGAGUCAUGAGACAGUUAUUUUAAGUUUUAAGAGUGUUGAACUCGGAUUCUAACUUCGGAUGCGCCAACACUCGGAAUUGGAUUGUAACUAGUUAAUUGUCGUUAAUCAGCCAGAAAUGGCAAUUUCUGUGCCCCUAAUCUUUGUCAGUCGUAUUUUCAAGUUUUUCAUUUUUGAUAUUUUCCCGAACUCGACCAGUGCUGACAGGGCGGAAAUGUUCCAGGCGUUUCGCAUGCUGAUCUGGUAUUCCCUGCAUCACCAUCCAUCGCUAGUACUCUCCACAUGUAUGCCAAUUGUUCACGUAAAUUUGGACAGGGUUGACUGACAGGUUUGGGUAAUUUUCACCGAACUUCCCCGUAGAUUGGACAUCCAGCCGAGCUAACUGUUCAAACAGUGUGAAAAUUUGGAAGGAGUUGCGUCUACACGUCGCAUUCCUGGCUUUAUACUUAUCAUGGUAUGUUUAAAAUGAUGUGACCUAUAUACGUCGCCGCGAUUUCACAGAUGCUGUGCCGUCCAAAUUCAAAGAAGAAGACCAGUGCGAACUCCCUUUGCGCAAAUGCCCUCUCUCAUGUUAUUUAAUGAACUUCUGUUAACUUCUGGCAAUUCAUGUUCCACUGUGAUUACGUCUCAUCCAGCAAAUCAUUUCCCCUAUAAUCUCUCCUUAGAGACGAGAUCUUAACAGAUCUGUUCGCCUCAUUCCAAUUUCUUGGCGCACUGGGAGGAGUCUUCAUCCAGCCUUUACGUCAACUCUGAGUAUUUUAUAACUAACUCCCUGGUUCCUAUUGGUGCUGUUAUGUGCAAAUCUAAGUUCACGCUUAAUCGCGAUGUACCACACAAUCCACAACUUCGGUACUGGGGGUCUACGGUAAUUUAACUAGUUUAAAGCGCUUCCACGUGCUGGCUAAAACGAUAGACUGUUGGCAUCUCGUCCACUCGUUUGGGCCAUCCUAUACCCACAAAAAACAUGCUAGAAGCUGGAUUCCUGAAAUUCUAAAACUCCCUCGCGUAAUCCACUCGACAUUUAAAUGCGUUUAAACAAUUAACUUCGAAAUAAGAGUUCAGAGGAUCGGGCCUUUUGCUAACAGAUUUCAAAUGUCGUUCUCUUUCGUUAGCAAUGAUUUUAUCACAAGAUGGCGGUGGAGGGUAUUCCCGGAAGAAACCAAAAUCCCGUCAGGACUAUCGCUGAACAAUUCGUUGUAAACGCAAUAAGUCAAAGGUUGACCAACGGGUUCAUUUCUGUCUUCAGCAAGCUGUACGUCAGAAACGACUUGAAGACCAGUCAUUUGAACCCUGAUGAUUUGCCUGCAGAAAAGCCUAAGUGAAAAGCUGCAGUGGCCGAUUAGCGAUUGAAGAUUCUCCUAUCUGGUACUGGAAAUUUUCACCGUUUGAGGGACGCACAUUUGUAAAAACUGCCUUAAAGUUCCAGAGCCUCGAUACUGUGAGGAUUAUUCUUUUCCUGGUAUAGAAACCUAUGAUUGAUGGAUGUCCUCGAACCUCAAUCUGCAGAAAGACUUACGGUUCAGUCUCGAGGUUGUGCGCACAGUCGAGUUGAAUGCUGUCAGCUUUCUCAACAUUGUUGGCUGAGGUAUGGGUGGUCAUUGAGUAGCAAAUUCAUUCUCCGGCUAUGUGUUGUUUUUUAGGAACAACUUCGUCUGUGUGCUGAGCAGUCCGUCUUGCGGGCCCAAACUCGUGCUACGAUCGCGUUGGCUAAUCAACCACGUCCUCUCUCCUUCUGUUCAGUUAUGGCACUGAACGGCUUCACUUACCUCCCACCCUUUAAGAGUUCUGAUCACCGGGUAAGACCCUGCCAGGUUUUUUUAUUUUGACGCAUACUUGUGAGGAGUGCAAAACGCCAACCGACUCUGCAGUUUGAGGGAAGGUGGGAUACACUGGAUCCUGGUUUGCGCUGCUGCAGAAUGGGACAUUUGCGUUUCGGCUUUUGCAGAUAGAUAAUGACCGUUGAUUCUUUUCUGAAUGACAAUGACGAGAAUGGAGCAGAUGGAAUGAAGUCUGAAAUUUCCUAAAUCCACCAUACGGUUACAAUAAUCUUGACCCUUUGAUUUUAUUCCAAAGAAGGGACGCUCACUAGCUACAUUUGUCUUUAACACUGAAAUUACAAUUUGGGAUGUUAAAUCCUACCGCGGUGCAAAAUGUAGGGGCUAACUGAAUGGUUGUCUAUAGCAGGUUCUGAGGGUAGCAAAACUCGUAAAUGUAAUUAAGACACUACUCAACAGGAAGUGGCGAGCACUGUGCGGGUCGCUACAUAAUUUGCAGAAUAUCCUAAGCACGAUUAUGAAGACGGUAAGAUGUGGAGACAAAUACAUAUUUAGUUAAAAAUCUCACAUACGUGUGUGCGUCAGCGUGAAAAUAGACCGCAUAUUCUAAUUCCACUGGAGAUAUGUUAAUACGCCAUUUUGCUGUUUUACAAAUAAGGAUAAAUAACCGAUUUAACCCCUCCUGUUUCGCGUGUUAAGCGUCUUUUUCGUGUAGCUCUUCUUACCGGUAGUUUCCUGUUUAUCUGUUUAGGACUGAAAAGCUGCCAAUUCAAGUUAGCGUUAUGGGUUAAAUUUUAAUUUCUGAUGGGUUUUGUGCCGCAAUCUACAUGCGUUCUCGCGUCAUCUAGUCUAAUUUUUUUUAUUUUUCUGAGUUUUACUCUCCACGCGCUCGAAUACCCUCAAUAGUAUUAACUGGUCUGCAGUGAGUGACCGAUCUCAUGAAAUUUUGACAGCAAUUCCGAUAUGCGUUUUUGAUUAGGAUGGAAUACUUAGGUGGCGUUGUAAUACUGAUUAUCAUGCGGCAUAAUCCUAUAAUAUUUCGGACUUAAUGGGGUGUCGGCUUUUGAAUGCACUUCCUUUCGACCUCCUGUUGCAACCGCACCUGGUUCUAAAUGAAUGCUUAAAUAGCAUGCAUUUUUCACAUUGAAUCUUGAUUGUCUUAUAACUUGACAUAAAUCUUACUCGUAUGGUAGAAAAUCGCUUUGUCAUCACAUUUUAUGCCCGAAGGAAGGGUAUAUUUAGGUCUUAAAAGUUUUCCUGUUCCCAAAUAAUUUUGAGCCUAAUCUGCCAUUCCAUUGGCGUUUGGCGAUUUCAGUCUACAAGGUACAUGCUUUCCGCGGUAGGUGAAUCAUAUAUUUCUCUAGGCCUUUAAGAAGAUACCAUAUAGAGUUUAUAGAAUUUGAAAUGAACGCGGACUAUGUUGUACAUUUCAUGAGAAACAUUGAUAAACGGACAGUUACAAUGCUGUAUGAAUAGACACUGCACGGUCACAAAAAACCCCAUGAUUAGAAACUUUGGCGACGAUAGUGUAGGAUCCCCAACUAACUUGAGCUAGCCUGUGGACCGUGCCAUACGUUAAAUAGUGGUAGAGGGGAUUUUACUGGUGGGACAGCAUACGGGGCCGAGAGCAAGAAGACAGAAAGUAGAUAAAUUCCUGCCAAAAGUCUUGUCGUACGCUGUCAUUUGGCAAAGAAAUUGGGCGCGAUAAUUAAAAAAAUAAAUAAAAAGCAAUUUUCAAAAAAUAACAGAAACUGAAUAAAUCGCCGCCUGUAAGUUUACGUUUAGUCCGGAAGGGAAGGAAGUUUAAAACAAUGUAAGCGAUGUUUACAGUCACACUGAAUUUCAGGGUAUAUUUUCGGAGUUGCCAUCUGCUCAGGGGUCCUACACCCUAUCGCCACUGAAACUGUUUUAAAACCGAAAUAUCAGCUUUCUUCGGGUAUAAGAUGAUAAGACAACGUGACUUUCUAUCAAACGAGUAAAAUUAAACAUAUUUUGUGCAUUUUUUCUACAAAAUGUGUUUAAAUUUAUAAGACCAUCGAAAAUCAAUGUGAAAAAUGCAUGCAACUUAAGUGGCCAUUUUUACCCAGUGUGACUUCUACAGGUCGAAAAGAAGUGCAUUUAAGAGCCGACAUCUCGAUAAGCCCGAAAUAGUAUACGACUAUGUUGCAUGAUGAUCAGUUUUACAGCCUCACCUAAGUAAUCCUUCCUUAUCGAAAACGCAUUUCGGAAUUUCGGCCAACAUUUCAUGAGAUCGGUCACUCACUGUGUACAAUAUCAGAAUUUUUACACAAAGACUGAUAAGUUCCCUUCACAUAUACUGUUACCUUUCUUCAUCCUUUUCUAAAUGCAAUGCUUUAGGACGAAGAAAGUGUCCGAGACCGUUUCAACGCUAGAAUUCUGAUUGGCUGGCUGCAGGACAUCAAGGACAACUUCCAGAAGGAAAAGGUUAGAUGGCAGUCUUUAGGCAUUCGCGGUGCCGAUUUAGUUUGAACCAAGCUUGCUCCGUCCUCCAACUGCCCCUCCACCUUCACUGCCCGUCUGCAUGCAAACCGUACACUUUCAUGACCGUUUUGUAUCACUAGCGUACCCUGAACUGCUCAACUAAGUGUUAAGCAUUUGGAUUGGAGAAGUUCUGACCAAGGUGCUGUUUACCAGACCCUUAUGCGCUGUUAACCACUUGCAAUGCUGCGCUAGCAUUCCAAAUUACGUGCAUUCCCUUUAGGUUAUUGGGCACAUGACACACAAACACGCAUGUACAUAAGUUAAUCCUACUCAGGCACCUAAACAUGAGGUGUGGGUACUAGUACGGAAUGUUUCUUUAAUUUCGGCACCAUCAGUUUUCUUUUCUGUUUCGAGGCCAGCGUUCGUUUUGAAUGUGACGGCCAGCGAAGUGUCGCCACCCUGUUGGCACCCACUCCUUAACACUUCACUCCUAGAGCACGCUUUCAAUACUUGGAAGUUGAAAAAUAUUGGCACUGGAGGAUGCGAUGUUUUUGCAUCCGUGGUUAGAAAAGGUUGAUCUUGCUCGCGCGAUGGCUUUUUCAACCAGCGCGAUAGAUUAUCUCCCUGUAAUAGUGUGCACAAGCCUCAUCUUAGUGGUUUCAGCGGUUGGAGACGUGUCAGCGAUGUGUCUAGUGUAAACCGGUCGACCAUAUUUCCUCACCCUCUUUCUCCCUUUUUUCUUUUUAGAGGAGACUUUUGUGUCGCCAGCUGCACGAAGCCGAAUCGCUAAUGAUGGUUCAGAAGUUAGACUGGGAGGUAAAACUUAAGGAAAUGCAUAUGUGUGACUGCAGAGCCAACGUCUUUGAUGAGAUUCCGUCUCAGCACGUGCCCCUUGUUGAGGUUCCCAAUGACUUUCCCCUCUUUGUUCAUGACCCCAUUUAG